GUCAGGCUGUGGAAAGCCAACAGCCUGUAGAGAACCUUGCAGAUUAUUACCCUCUUUCUGUAUAUAAUCAAUUUGGUCUUAAUCGUGUUGCUCUGCAUCAUUCUGUGUUUCAGAAGAAUGAGUAAUGGACUCCAUUGAGAAGGCAAUACAGGCCGUGCUACCACAGCUAGAUGAAGCAAAGCUUGAAACUUUAGUCAAUGAGUUGGUGAAAGUAGGUGUUGAAGGACCAGAUGAUCUGCAGUUUAUUCAAGAAGAUGACAUCAAACAUCUGCUCACACCCAUUCAGUGCAGAAAAAUUAUUCAUUCCUUGAAAGUGUGUAAUGCAGGUCCUUCAAAUCCCCAGCUGAGCCCUUCAUCGUCUGAGCCACUGUCAGUUGCCUAUUCCAGCACAUGCCCCAUAUCAUCUAUAAGUCCCAUCUCUGCAUGGGUGAACAGUUUUGAGGUGCCAUGGAACAAAGUGAGGCUGACUCUUAGAAGAGCAGUAGAUGCUGGUGAGAGGCCAGCUCCGGAUGACCGCAGACACUUGAUAAAAGUCACUGUUGAUGCGAUGAGAGAGCGUUCCUUGAACCCUACUCGCAGAGAGUGUGUGGUAGUGGCUAAAGCUAUAACUCAAAAAUAUCCAAAUAGCUUUUUAGACAAAAAUGAAGAGGGGGAGCUAAUUGGAUGUGGGUAUUUCAGCAUUAUAAAUCAGCUCAAAACCAGAGUAGAAUAUUUGAAUCGAGGCAACUCUCUUUCCCGUCUGAGGAAGCACAAACGCACCCAGAGAGAUGAUGAGGAUGGUGAUGAUGACCAGCCAGCAGUAGCUACAUGUGCAAUAAUCGACAGUUAUGGGUGUGUUCGUUGGCAGCCAGCGGACUAUCCAGAUGGGGAAACAUCAGCAUCAUUAGAGGAAAAGAAGCUUGAGAUGAUUGAUAUAUUCAGCCGAGAGGGACUAAAGGGCGCUGAGAGAGGAAGGGUAGAAGACCUAAUGGCAAUCACUUAUGCCAAACAACGGGAAUACAUCAACGCAAAGCCUUCCCCAAGCAUUCUGGAUGUGGGUAAAGAGUGGCCAUUUCUCUUUUCACAGAAGUUUUUAUUGUCACACUUCACCACUCUCACCAAUGUUGAACUAUACACAAGACUGAAUGAAGAUAUGGACAAAAAGGGUAAAAGACUCCUGGAUUUCUUCAGUAGUCAGAUUACAAAGUGGAGGAAAGAAGUAAGAGCUGUUCUGAAGGAAGCCAUAAAGAAGGACCGAGAAGGAUCUGAUGGCCUAGCAGCGAUGCUUGUGAUGUUGGCACACUUCAAAGAGCAAGAGGAGUCACUUUUUCUCAUUGCUGAUGAGACUACCACUCCCGCAGAGGCAGAGGCCCAGCUGUCUCUCCCAGUCACUCCAAGGAUCAUCAUGCUCGGAGAGACAAUACUGACUGCAAAAAAAUGGAUGCUGUCGAUCGAGGGGAAGGUCGUAAUUAGGGGUGUCCAUGGUUAA